AUGGAUAUAGAUAAAUUAAAAGUUCAACUUUGUAAAUUAGUUACGGAUUCACUUGACAGACAUUCAUACUCUGCUUCAAUAUUUUAUUGUGAUAAACUACUCCAAUUAUCAACUCCCAAUCCUUCUAAAGAAUAUAGUGAUAAUAUAUAUUUAUAUUGUGAUUGUUUAUUUAGAGAUAAACAAUAUCAAAGAACAUCGUUUCUUCUACAGAAAUAUAUUGAACAACCGAAUUCGAUUGUCUAUAAGAAGCACAUCUAUUUGGCUGGUAGAGCGAAACUAGAGUUACAAAAUUGGGAAAAUGUAUUAAAGAUAUUGGGUGAUGACGAUCAGCAAAUGUUACAAUAUUAUAAUAUCGUAGAUAAUCAACAACAACAACAACAAAAUGAUACAAAUCAAUCUAUAAAUAUUUCAUCAAUGAUAUCACUUUUAAGAGCAAAAGCAUUUGAAGGAUUGGAUAACUUGAAGAAAGCAAAGUAUUGGUAUAUAAAAUCACUUAAACAAGAUUAUAAGAAUCAUGAAUCAUUUGAAUCAUUGGUUAAUAAUCAUAUAUUAAAUUAUACAGAGGAAUUAGAAUUGAUAUCUCUAUUGAAUUUCUCAGCACAAGAUAAAUGGUUAGAAGAGUUAUACUCUACAUUAUUAAAGAAAAAAGAUAACAAGAAAAGAUUUAUAAAUAUAGAUUGUGGCGAUCAAUCUAUUAACCAAUCACUUAUCAACAUUAUAUUAAAAGAUGAUAAAUAUUAUAAUAAUAAGACAUGUUUGAUGGUGAAUCUAUCGUCGAUGUACGAGCUUGGCAUGAAGAAUGAACUACACUAUCAAUGUCAUCAGUUGAUCGAUAGUCAGAUACAACCGGCCAUCGCAUGGUAUGGAAUUGCAUGUUACUAUCACCUGAUACAGAACAUCGAUAUGACACAGAAAGCAUUUACAAAAUCGACAACCUACGACUCGAAACUCGGUGCGUCAUGGCUCGGUUUUGGACACUACUUUGCCAACAAAGGUGAACACGACCAAGCAAUGUCUGCCUACAGAACUGCAUCAAGAUUAUUAACUGGAUUACAUUUACCUUUACUUUGUAUUGGAAUGGAGUUGAUUGGAAUACAUAACUUCAACUUGGCGGAACAGUAUCUUCAGCAGGCAUUAGACAUAUGUCCAUACGAUCCGUUAAUCUAUAAUGAAUUGGGUGUAAUCGCUUACAAAGCUCAUGAUUUUAAACAAGCAAUUCAAUUCUUCUUAAAAGCAUUAGAUAUUGCUAAUUUUAACCAACAACAAUCAUCUAAUAACAACAGCAAUAGCAAUAGUAAUAUUUUAUUUAAAAGUAAUAAUACAAGUAGUAGCAUAAUUAAGAGUCAAUUUCCAACAUUGUUCAAUGCUGCAUACGAGCCAACACUCUUUAACUUGGCACACUGCUAUAGAAAGUGCAGACAGUUCAACGAAGCUUUGAAGUACUAUCAAAUAGCACACACACUCUCACCAGGUAACUCAUCGAUCUACAGCGCACUGGGCUUCACUCAUCACCUUCAAGGUAACUUUGACGAAGCAAUCGAUUACUAUCAUCAAUCACUCUCGAUUCGCGACGACAACUUUACAAACACACUCCUAAACAAAGCACUCUCACUUUCAUUAUUAAAAUUUGAAUAA